AAACGGACGCAGCAGCGCCUGAGCCUGAUUUCCAGGCACCUGGAUCAGCGCCUUCCGUUGCCGGACCUUAACACUCCCUUCUCGACCGAGAGGAAUUCGCGUCCUCCCGACGACAUUGAAUAUAAACCCCUCGAUCGCACGGCCACUACUCCUCCUCGUUCUACUUCUCCCUCUCCUCCAUCCCCCUCUUCAUUCCCCGCCGCCAAAAUGUCCUCUCAAGCCCCCCACCCCACCCUGUUGAUCCCAGGGCCCAUCGAGUUCGACGAUGCUGUCCUCCAGUCCAUGGCUCACUAUGCUGAGAGCCAUGUCGCCCCCGGUUUCGUCAAGACCUUCGGAGAGACCCUGUCUCUAGUCCGGAAACUCUUCCAGUCCACCAACCCCGCUGCGCAGCCCUUCGUCAUCUCCGGCAGCGGUACCCUGGGCUGGGAUAUCGUGGCCUCCAACCUGAUCGAGAAGGGCGAGAACGCCUUGGUCCUGCACACUGGCUACUUCGCCGACUCCUUCGCGACCUGCCUGGAGACCUACGGCGCCAAUGCCACCCAGCUCAAGGCUCCCGUCGGCGAACGCCCCUCCUUCGAGGACAUCGAACAGGCUCUCAAGGAGAAGCCCUACAAGAUCAUCACCAUCACCCACGUCGACACCUCGACCGGUGUGCUCAGCGACAUCAAGCGUGUGGCCGAGAUCGUCCGUCGCGUCAGCCCUGAGACUCUGGUCGUCGUCGACGGUGUCUGCAGUGUCGGCUGCGAAGAGAUUGCCUUCGAUGAGUGGGAUCUCGAUGUCGUUCUCACUGCCAGUCAGAAGGCCAUCGGCUGCCCGCCCGGCCUCAGCAUCCUGAUGCUGUCUGGCCGCGCCAUCGACACCUUCAAGUCCCGCAAGACGCCCCCGUCUUCCUACUACUCAUCCAUCGCCAACUGGCUCCCCAUCAUGCAGAACUACGAGAACUUCAAGCCCUCCUACUUCGCUACCCCGCCCACCCAGCUCGUCCACGCUCUGCACACCACUCUCUCCCAGAUCACUGCCCGCCCCAUGGCCGAGCGCUUCGCCAUCCACGCCCAAGCCUCCGAUCGCGUCAAGGCUGCCGUUGCUGAACUCGGUCUGGGGCAGGUUGCUACCAAGCCGGAGAAUCAGGCCCACGCCAUGACGGCCAUCUGGCUGCCGGAGGGUCUGACUCCUCCCGAUGUUCUGCCUGGUCUGCUGAAGCGCGGAGUGAUCUUUGCAGCGGGUCUGCACAAGCAGGUUGCGACCAAGUACAUCCGGUUCGGACACAUGGGCGUGAGCGUCACCGAUCCCAACCGUACGGACAUUGACAAGGCCAUUGCCGCCUUGAAGGAGGCCGUUUCGGAGGCGAAGCAAGCCAAGGGAAUUUAA